GAACGUCGGACGUCGGACGAAGGCACGGAGGCUUGUGCUCGCGUCGUGACGUUCAAUAGAAAAGUAACAUAAAAAUUUUGGAAAAAAAAACCCCGUGAAAUUAAAAUAAUAAACUUUUACAGAAAGACCACGUGAAUGUGUCGCACUAAUUAAAAUAAAAAAACUUAACGAAUGAUAUGUAUCUACCGUGUGCCGAUUGAGCAUCAAUUGAAAAUGUGAUAGAAAGAUUAUAUAAAUAAUCCAAAAAUUAGACAAUUUUUCGAAUCGAGUGAUAUAAUUUUUUUUAUUUUUUUUUUUUCCAUAUUGGAAUCGUCACAAAUGACAAUUUUUAUUUUUCAAACGCAAAUUUCAUUUCUACUAGUUCCAAUAAUAACAAUAGUCCGUUGCAUUCUCGACUACAAUUCACAUAUGCACUCACGUGCAUAGGGUGCAGUUAGUACUUGGAACUUUACUUCCGGGCUUAAUUCGACGUACGGGCCGUGGCACGUUGGGCAAUCGGGAGUAAAUAAAUAAAAGCAAAUAGUUAUGCAAGUCGACGGGAAAAGCUCGUAGAAAAGUUCACGUCGUGUUUGCCAAACAUUGGCGAUAAAUAAAGCCGUAGCUAAAAGGGCUGUAAUAUCGCGAAGGUGUUAGCAGCUCAUAGUAGUCACGGUGGGACUAACACCAGACACAACAACCAAGGAACAUUGUGUUACUUCGGUCUAAUCCCAAGCCCCCUCUCGAUCGGCCUCUACGAAGGAUUCAAAAAGUUUUUGGGUAUCUGGGUAAAAGUCGUCAGGAUUAAGUGUUGCGACCCUGGUAAAGAUCUUUUCCUACCCCUGGAUGUUCCAUCCGGAAGUGUGUAAGCCGCCUCGCGGGAAGGAUGGGUACCGGUGGUCUCGGGAUCAUGUUCUGAUGGGUCAAGGACGUGCUACGUCAUUUCCGCCCUGUGGCAGGGCUGUCAAAGUGUUGUGAACUUUUUCAAAAAAUUAUUAAAUUCUGCGCGUUAUCGUUCGGUGCUUAUCGGGCGCUUAAGUUCGCGGCAGCAGGACCUGGUCCAGGAUGGCCGAGAAUGAGGCUGUUCCAGCAGGAUCAACACCGGACAGGAGCAACUCAGUCACUGUGGAAUCGGAAGCAGUACCGCAGUCGGAACCGGAAGUUCAGAAGACUACGGAGAGUGACAGAAAACUAGAGUCCAGUCCGGCAGCUACGUCCGACACGGCUUUCAACAGUCAAAGUUAUAGGGUGUUCAAAAAGUCAUCGCCGAACAACAAGCUGACGCUGUACUUGGCCAGCAGAGAUCUGAUCGUCAGCAGCGGCAAGAUAGACAAGCUGCAAGGCGUGCUUCUGGUGGAUCCGGAAUUCUUGCAGGACAAAAAGGUAUAUGGACAAGUCACCCUGACCUUUCGUUACGGUCGCGAGGACGAGGAGGUGAUGGGUCUGAAAUUCUGCAACGAGGCUGUUAUGUGUCUUGCGCAAUUAUAUCCGCCAUAUCCCGGUGCCGAGCAUCAAGAACCCAACACUCCGCUUCAGGAAGCUCUGAUAAAGAGGUUAGGUUCGAACGCUCAUGCAUUCACCAUGGAGGUGACACCGUUGGCACCGCCUUCCGUUCAAUUGGUUCCCGCCAAGGAGUACAACGGCGCCCCAAUUGGUACCAGCUAUGACGUACGAGCAUACGUCGCUGACCGCGCCGACGAGAAGCUCCAUAGGAAAACCACAGUGCGAAUGGGUAUACGUGUCGUUCAGCGCACAAAUCCGCCACCAUUGCCAAUGAACACAAUAUACAGUGUGCCACCCAGUCUAAGUGCAAGGGUUCAACCCUGUAAGCUUCAGAUGGCACGAGUGGUGGAAGCUGAGAAUGAGAUAGCGGAGGACGACGAGCCAUCAGCACCCCAUGCAGCUGUCGAAAAACCGUUUCUAUUGAGCGACGGCCGAGUGGGACUGGAGGCGCGACUGGAUCGUGCGAUUUACGCUCAUGGAGAUCCCAUAAUGGUUCACGUGAACGUCAGCAACAAUAGCAGUAAAUCUGUAAAGAGGAUCAAGGUAUUCGUAGUGCAGCACGUGGACGUCUGCAUGUUUAGUAACGGGAAGUUCAAGAACGUCGUGGCGCUAGUGUCGUCUCAAGAUGGCUGCCCGAUAGGUCCUGGCUCGAGUCUCAAUAAGACUUAUACAUUGAGGCCAGUGAAGGGUUCAACCAAAAACUGGAUAGCACUUGAAGAUAGUUACACCAAAGCCGGAGCCACCCUCGCGUCUACGGUCAUUUGUUCCGGUUGUGGACCCGAGGAUAGGAAUGUUUUUGCCAUCUACGUCUCCUACUACGUGAAGGUAAAAUUACUGAUCUCGGCAAUGGGUGGUGAGGUCUCACUCAAGCUGCCAUUCACUCUGAUGCACAGUAACACUGAUCCGGACCUGAUUGGCUUCCCGUCGCCAUUCAAGGAGCUGAUUAGAUCGCCGGAAAGGGAUCGGGAGAAUUUGAACCCACAAGAGGAUAAGUCUGUCCAGGAUACUGGAACCGAGAAGAAGGUUACCCACGGUGUAGAAGAUAAGGGUAGUAGAACAAUAGCCGACGUAGAUCUGAUAGAGCACUGCGAGGAGGGCGGAAGUACCUGAGGGCAGGUCGGGGUGGUCCUCAGAGAUGAACCCCGGACUGUAACCAAAAGCAACCACACGAAAAUUCUUAAAAACACUAGCAACAAGCAUUGCAGGGAAGGAUUCAGUAUACAGAGGGCCUGGUGCUGCUUCAGACGAUCCUCGUAGUCGUGGUGCGGAAGCAGAAUGGCGAAUUUGAAAACAAAAAUUAUAUAUAUAUAUAUCAAAAAAAAGAUAAGAGUUAGAUUAAUUGCCAUUUUCACUGGAAGAUUAUUGCGUGCCUGGAGUAUAUUCGAGACUGUCGAUGUCGAUGAAGAAUUGUCCUGUCAAUUUCUUUAUAUAAUUUUCACGGAUAAUAUCUGUAUUAAAUGUGUCAGGAGUAAUCAACAAUUUUGAUAACGAGAUUUCAUUGGAUUUUAACGACGCUAAGAAUCAGCCGUGAAGAUUAACAUGAGAUAAAGAUAAUCCUUCAGGGAUCUUUGUAUAAGGUUCAGGUCAUAUUUAACCUAUGGUUAUCUCCCGAUCCCUUUGGGAUUUUACUUUUAAACUUUCUCGUCGCAGAUUUCAUUCGCACCGCCGCUCCUCGACCUUUCUUGUGGAUAAAAUCAACAGUUUCACUAAUCGAGUCUUAAAAUUCAUCCUUGAAAUUUUAAUCACUUUUUUUAACAGUUAUGCAAAUUGCGUUCUCGAAGGAUCAAGAUCAAGUUAUUUUCGUAAACUCUGUACACUAUUGUUAUCUAAGAAGAAUUGAAUCUUUUGCACUAUAGAAAUUAAUGAAAAUGGAAAAAAGACCUGACGCGAAUAUAUUGUCAUAUUUUCGAGACUAAUGAAAGCCUAAAAAAUGGUCUAUUAUUUAUUUACCGACUGUAACGUAACAUGUACGAGACUAUGUAUAACGCACUGUAAAUAAUAUCUUAUGUAUAUAAUUAUGUGUGUAUGUGUGUGUGAGACUGUGCACGUAGAUACUUCAGAAUUCAUGUGUGAUCAAAAUACGAAUCAAUUUAUUGAGCGAGGACUCGAUUAAGUGUAAUUGAAAUUUCCCCCCACUUUAUAGACGGAACAUGUCAAUAAAUGUAACUAUAUCGCCGAUUUACUCGAAAUUUCCAUUUCCUUUCUUUUUUAACAAGCAAGUUAUGGGCUAUGUAGACAUAGAUCGACUGCCAGAUGAUUGAUUUUUAUGAUACAUAUGAUAAAAUGUUUAACGGUCUGAAUAAAGAUAGCGGUAUACAUACAUAAA